GUGCCGGGGGAGGAGCGGUCGCCGCGCGUUAGUCAGGGAGCGGUGCGGGUCCUGGUUCCAAUUGAGGUGGGGAGAGGGGCCCGGUGGGCUGUGAGGGGCCGGGAGGACUGUCCAGGCUAAGCCCCGCGUGGGGAAGUGUGGCUUGCGGUGGAAGGGGUUGGCUUCUGGGGAAGAAAUCAAACCUAACCGUUCCCUUGGGGAAGGGGGCUAGUCCCCGACUCCCUGGUUCUUCCGCUCUCUGCAGUAACUUUGGGGUGUGGCAGGGGCUAGUGACCGGCGUUUACUCCGGAUCAGGGAGUGAAGGAGGUUUGUGAUCACGAUGGGGUUAUAGUCUUUAACGCGGCCACUGGGGGAAUAAAACAAAUGUUUGUAAUCCGGAUUAUCCGCGGUGGCUUGGGGCCUCCUCUACUGCCCAUCUAAGUUAAAGGCCUGUUCCCUCAAACUUCCUCCCCUAUCAUCUUCCUCUGCCAUCUCUUUGCCGGCCAAGCACAUCCGGGGACGGGGUCAGGGCCACCAGGUUCCUGGUAAGGUUGAAAGACUGAGCGUGUAGGGCUGUUAAAGUGAGUCUGUGAAAGAAGGAAGGAUUUUGUAGAUUGCUUCAGAGGGAGUGUGGGGUGAGGCCCUGAGUCCCAGAGCCUCAGCAUGUCAGGGAAACGGAAGCGGGUGGUGUUAACUAUUAAAGAUAAGCUUGAUAUAAUAAAAAAACUUGAAGAUGGAGGUUCUUCCAAACAAUUGGCAGUGAUUUAUGGAAUUGGUGAAACAACAGUUCGGGAUAUAAGAAAAAAUAAGGAAAAGAUUAUAACUUAUGCAAGCAGUUCUGAUUCCACAAGUCUUCUGGCCAAGAGGAAAUCUAUGAAACCAUCCAUGUAUGAGGAACUGGACAAAGCAAUGCUAGAAUGGUUCAACCAGCAAAGGGCAAAAGGGAAUCCCAUAUCUGGACCGAUUUGUGCAAAAAGGGCAGAGUUCUUCUUUUAUGCUUUGGGAAUGGAUGGUGAUUUUAACCCCUCCGCUGGUUGGUUAACUCGUUUUAAGCAGCGGCACAGCAUUAGAGAGAUUAACAUUAGAAAUGAAAGAUUAAAUGGAGAUGAGACUGCUGUGGAAGAUUUUUGUAACAACUUUCGAGACUUUAUUGAACGAGAGAAUUUACAGCCUGAGCAGAUAUACAAUGCAGAUGAAACUGGACUCUUUUGGAAAUGCCUACCAUCCAGGACUUCUGUGAUCAAAGGUAAAUGCACUGUCUCAGGGCACAAGUCAAUUGAAGAAAGAGUCACUAUCAUGUGUUGUGCCAAUGCAACAGGUUUACACAAACUGAAACUUUGUGUUGUGGGGAAAGCAAAGAAACCUCGCUCCUUCAAGUCAACUGACACCUCAAACCUGCCAGUCUCUUAUUUCAGCCAAAAAGGUGCAUGGAUGGAUCUUUCCAUUUUCCGACAGUGGUUUGAUAAGAUCUUUGUGCCACAGGUUCGAGAAUACUUAAGAUCUAAAGGCCUGCAGGAAAAGGCUGUGCUCUUGUUGGAUAAUUCACCAACACAUCCAAAUGAAAAUGUCCUCAGGUCAGAUGAUGGCCAAAUAUUUGCUAAAUAUUUACCACCUAAUGUGGCUUCAUUGAUCCAGCCCUCCGAUCAGGGAGUCAUAGCGACAAUGAAGAGAAAUUAUCGUGCGGGUCUUCUUCAGAACAACUUGGAAGAAGGUAAUGACCUGAAAUCAUUCUGGAAGAAGCUAACUCUGCUAGAUGCACUUUAUGAAAUAGCAAUGGCAUGGAAUUUAGUAAAGCCGGUUACCAUUAGCAGAGCAUGGAAGAAGAUUCUUCCUACCAUAGAGGAGAAAGAAGGCUUGGACUUUGAUGAAGAAGAUGUUUCUGUGGCUACUGUGGCCACCAUUUUACAACAUACCAAAGGACUGGAAAAUGUGACUACUGAGAACAUCGAAAAAUGGCUUGAAGUGGACAGUACUGAACCAGGCUAUGAAGUGUUAACUGACAGCGAAAUCAUCAGAAGAGCACAAGGCCAGACAGACGAAUCUAGUGAAAACGAGGAGGAGGAAAUAGAACUGAUUCCAGAGAAACAUAUUAAUCAUGCAGCUGCUCUCCAAUGGACUGAAAAUUUAUUGGAUUAUCUAGAACAACAAGGUGAUAUGAUUCUGCCUGAUAAACUCGUGAUACGUAAACUUCGAGCCACCAUCAGAAAUAAACAGAAGAUGACAACCUCAAGUCAAUAAUGGCAUGUCAUUGUUAACCAUUGUUUUGGUAAUUGUGUUUGUAACUCUUAACCUCUGCAGUGUGAUUUAAUUUUCUUUGCGUUCUUAAUUCUCAGUCACAGCCCUAUGAAAUGCAGAUACAAAAAUGUAUCUGAAGUGAUUCGAGGAUUGUAUGUUUUGCAUCAUCUCUGUGUCUUUAUUUGUGCAGAUAAUUGGAAGCUGGUUCUGUAUAGAUAUAAAUUACAUAUACACAGGUAUUCACUUUUGUAGAUCUGCAAUUACCCCUUCUAUUACAGUGGCAUUCCCUAAACUGUCUAAAAAAAAAUUACAGAUAACAGUGAACAGAUGGAGCAUUUUCCUGAAAUCUGUUGUUUGGUUUAUGAGGGCUGCCACAGUAAUCUUUUCUUGUGUUAACAUCUUAAAUGUUAUGUUUUGUGUGUCUGUAUACACUGACAGAAUGAGAAAUAUCUAUAUUUUAGAUUUCAGGGUGAUAUGCAGUAAUUAAAAGUGAAGUCCAAUAAUGAGGAAACUGAUCAAUGAAUUAUAAAAAUAACUUAGAAAUCAUACUUUUGUUCUCUUACAUUUGUUUAUGUGGCAAGAGGGGGAGAUUUUUCUGGAAGUAAAUAUAUAGGAAGUGAUUACUAAAUUAGUAACAAAACUAUUUGAAAGCUGAUAUAUAAAUGGGCUAUUCUGAUGUAUUAAUUUGUAGAAAACUGCGAGUUGAAAAUUUGGGGAACUUUAGGUUAUUUAUACAAGGGGAAUAAAUAAGCUUGUUUUAAUUGGGUCUUAUGAAUUGGGUAAUUAUUUAUUCGUAAUUAUAGUACAGGUUUUGUAAUGUUACACGUGGUAAUACGAACUCCUACCUUAUAUGUGGGGAAGAAUCUUGGGAAUUUAAAGUUAUGGUUUUUUUACUGUGUACUUGGAAAUGUCUAUAGUUUGAAAAAGUUUAUCAUACUUUCCCCUUUUAUUUGAUACGAAAAGAAAAAGAAAUGAGAAGAAUAAAGUUAUUAUUAUUUUUAACAAGCCAUAGGUUGUGACCUGUUUUAUGAAGAAAGCAGAAAUAAUUAUGGAAAGUGUCAGAUUCUAAGGACUUUCAUUUACUCUUUUAACACUUGUAAAAAGGUAUUCUUUCUUCUAGAAUCCAUUUAAGUCAGAUUUUUGAUAAAUUUGCUUAGUAAAUUUAAUAUGUUUAUUCAGGACAUUGAAAAGACUGUGAAUAUUGAUUUAAUUUAUAAUUUAAAAGCAAUGUGGGUCUCCAUAUUUCAUGUUUUGGCCCUUUAAAAAAUGUUCUCUAUCAGUCAUUUUUUAAAAGUUUUAACUGUUUCAUUGAAAUAUUUUGCAUUUUAUAUUUAUAGUGCCUUUCUUAGAAUUCUAAGACUUCAAGGAGACUUUUAGCUUCCCUAAUUUCUGUUAUCUUAAUGAUGUAUGUCCGGAGUUUUUAAAAAAGACUUCUGUGAUGAGAACUGUUUAAAAAUUAUUGCAUGAAUUGCCUCAGUGCACAGAGGAAAAAGCAUCAGAAAUUAACAUACAUAUUGAAUCAGAUAAUUAUACAUCCCGCUAUAAAUUCAAUUGUAUAUAAAAGAAUUUUUCAUUUUUCUAAUAUGAAAAUGUAUAAAAGCUUCUUGGAAUUUCUGUCUGGAUUUGCUCAAUUUUUAAAAAUCUUGUCAGUGAAAUUCAGCUGUAUCGUUGCCACCUAGUGGUAAAAUUAACAUUGCUGUUAAGCUGUGUGGUUUCAAAUAUUGGUAUCAAGUAAAAGGUUCACUAUUUUGUGGCCUUGAGUGUGAAUCUUAUGACUCUUUCUCUAGCCUGUGAGAGACUGCUCUUGUUUUUUAGAUUUAUAGCUAUUUUCUCUUUUCUAAAAGCUGCCAACACUGGUAGGCUAUAGUUCUGUUUUGGACCUUUUUAUCCUUAAGCGUAAGUAUAAAAGCUGCCAAUUACUGAAUACCAUGUUAUGUUCUAAACAAUUUACUUUUAUAAUCCUCAAAUUAUGGUGGAAAUACUGAGGCUCAAUUGCUGAAGAUCCCUCGGGUACAGGUAAGAAUUUAAGCCCAGAUAUUUGAUGCCAAAAGCCUAUGCUUGUAUUAUCCAACCUAGGCUAACCUCUUAACCUUUUCCAGUCUUCAAAAUAUAUUUCCUGCCCCCAGCCCCACUCCACCCACCCUUCACGGAUGUCUGACUUUACUUCUCUGUACACUUGUGGCGGCAACUGCCCUUUCCUCUACUCUUAUGAAGUUAGUCUUCCUCUUUCUUUACCCUGUAGUUCAUUUCCGUUUAUCCCCAACCUAAUAGCAUUUGAAACUCGAAUCAUCUGUCUUUUGAUUUCUGGUUAGCCAUGCUCAGUGAGGAUCCUUUCUCACUUAAACAAUUUAAAACCCACCAUUGGGAAAAUAAACAGUUCCCGCAAACAUUCCUCUUUAGUUUAUGAGACAGUCUCAAAGAGAUGCGAGGAAUUGGCGCAGUAUUGUACCAACAUGAAAGUCUUGCUAGACCAAAGAUACUGAAAACUGCUACUAUCAAAACCACAUGAGUAUGUAUACACUCAGAUCCAUAUAGAUCAAAGGGGGAAAAAUGAGAUGAUAAUGGGAAGAGAAGGAAGGAUAGGUUCAAAUACAAGAAGAGUUGGUUAGGAAAGAAAAAAGGAACAUGUGGGCUGCAGUGAGGUUAAUUUUGUAAUGUGUGUUUCACCAUCAUAGUCCCAGGCUUACUAAUAUGUGCUGCUCAUUCAUAGAUGGUCCCAGAAAUUUCUGCUUUUCUUCUUUCUUACAGAAUGUUUAAAAGUCAGUGCCAAGUUAAAUGCAUUUGAUCAGUAGUUGGGAAUGGUUAGUGGAUGAUGACAGAAACUAUUUGGGUACUAUAUCUGCCCCAAAGUCAUAAAUCCUUAGUUCCUGAUUUCUAGUCCCUAACGUCCCACCAGAGGCUGUUUGGCUUUCAAUUUCUCUAUUAAGAAAUUAGCCACAGGGGUACCUGGGUGGCUCAGUCGAUUGAGCGUCUGCCUUCUCCUGGGGUUGUGAUCCCAGGGUCCUGGGAAGGAGCCCUUCAUCGGGCUCCCUGCUCAGUGGAGAGCUUGCUUCUCU